UCCUUAAUAAUUCUUGCUUUCUUUGAAGGAUGGGGAGCAACUUAUUAAGUGGAAGUGUUUUCGUUGUAUCUAAGAGAGAGAGAGGUUCUUGAUUAGUAAGGAGAUCAGGGUUAUGGGGAGAAGGCAGGAGAAUGGGGUUGCAAAACAUUCAGCCAUGAGGGAAUGGCGGAGCUGACUCAGGCUGAGUGGCUUACUUCUGCUCUAUAUCUUAUUGCCUCACUAAUACCAUUAAAUGGGAAGCUUCAAGGCUUUGACCUGGUGAUGAACGAGACAUAUUCAGUGUUCAAACCAACAAGUUGUGGGACUUUGAUGUACCAGACCCCCAAUAUGGUAUGUACGUAUGGCCAUGCGCUGUGGUAUUGGCACAAUAUGUGUGGUUUUCCAGAAAUACAUUAAGAGGGAAGACCAUCUUAGAGAUUGGGGCUGGUGCAGGCUUACCUGGCAUAGUGGCAGCAAAAUGUGGUGCCAAUGUGAUUUUAUCCGACAGUGCAGAGCUUCCGAAUUGCUUGGAUAACUGCCGCCUCAGUUGCCAGAUUAAUAACCUUGAAGAUGUGCCGGUCAUUGGUUUAACCUGGGGGCAAAUAUCACCUGAUCUUGUGCUGCUACCUCAGAUAGAUAUAAUUCUGGGUUCUGAUGUGUUUUAUGACACUGAAGACUUCGAGAAUAUAUUAACAACUGUUUUUUACCUCAUCCGAAAAAAUCCACAUGCACUUUUCUGGACCACCUAUCAGGAACGCUGUGCUGAUUGGUCAAUUGAAUCAUUAUUGUAUAAGUGGAAUUUGAAGUGUGUUCACAUUCCUCUAGAAACAUUCAAAGCAGAUGAAGAAUUCCUUGCCGGAUCAAACUUGCCAGGAAGUCACGCUGUUCACAUGAUGAUUAUCAUGUUAGAAACUAGUAUUCCUUCAGUAACCUGAACCUAAUCUACUGAAAAAGAUUGUUUUAGAAAUACUGCAGUUGCUCUUUACAUUCACAAUCCAUUUACAAAUCAUUCUACAGAAAACAUUACCAUGUCAAAAGUUAUGUUUAUCAUAAACUAUUUCACUGAUGCACUUUUGCUGUUGAAAGGAUUGGUCCAGCAUGGAAGGACCAAGAGUGGCACUAAACCUUUUUGAAUUGUGAGUUAAUAUUGUAAUUAAUGUUUGAUGAAGUAUCUCCAUUAUUGUCUGAAACCAGUGCAGGGAAUUAAUGUUUUAUUUAGGGUCUUCAAACAUGCCGUUGUUAGCAAGUAUAUAAUAGUGAUUUGUUUCCCCUGGUGGACUUUUUUUUUUAAAUUUCCUUUGUUUUAGCAUGGUACAAUCACUUUACAAUCAGGAAUGUUUUUAACUUGCAUAAUUUUGUCUUGAAGUAACAUGACCAUUUCCCAUCCAUUCUCACUGUUAAACAUUUACAUCUGUAAAUGUAGUGUUUCCCCAUAUCAGAAAU